GGGUAAACUUCGUGCCGUUUUCGUGCUUCUUCACCUCGCGGACGCUUUGGGCAAUUUUUUUUAAAUCAAUCUAGUCUAGCACACACUCUUUUCGGUUACUAUUUAUUUUUGUAGAGAGAGAGAUGUCCGGCGAUUCGGCGACGGAGGUGGCAACGGCGACGGAGAUGGCGACGAAAGCGGAGGUGGUGGAGCGCAGCAAUUGCGGUGAGAGCGAUACGAAAGAUGAAGAGGCGAUGGACAUCGAGUCUCGGAUUCUGUCGGCUAUGCGAUCCCGCGUAACCUACCUUAGAGAGAAAGCAGAUUCCUUCACCUUUGAGAGCGUGAGGAGGUUGCUGGAGGAGGAUUUGGGAUUUGAGAAAUAUGCUUUGGAUGUGCAUAAGAGCUUUGUCAAACAGCAUCUGGUUCAGUGUUUAGAAGGUGCUGAGAAUGACGGCGCCUCAGAAAAUUCUCAAGAAAUUGAAAAAAAAGAUGUCACUCCAGUCAAAGAAGCAGCAGGAUCACCUAAAGAUGAUGAGGCAAAGAAAAUUUUGAAGGAAGAUGCUGCCGGUGAUGAUGAGAAAAUGGAAGAUUCCCCUGUGAUGGGACUUCUGGCAGCAGAAAAAACAUCCAAAACUGUGGCUCAGGAAACAAAGGAAGAGGGCAAAAAAGAAGUCCUCCAGAGUGACAUAAAGAAAGCCCUUAGGAAAAGGGCUUCGUAUAUCAGAGCUAAUUCAGAGAAAAUUACGAUGGCUGUGCUUCGUCGGCUUUUGGAGAAAGAUCUUAAAUUAGAGAAGUAUGCUCUUGAUCCGCACAAGAAAUUCAUCAAUGAAGAAUUAGAUGAAGUUCUGCAAGCUCCUGAUGCUUCAAAAGCUUCUACUGAAGCUAAGGGGAAAAAUCUAAAGAAAAAGGUCAAGAACAUUGUAUCUAAGAAGCCUAGCAAUGACGAAAAUACUGAUUCAGAUGGUGAGGAUGAUGACGAGGAAGAGGAAGAGGAAGUGGCUGUCAGAAAGAAGAAGGGUCCAAAAAGAAAAAUAACAGAGUUAGAGGGGCCAAGAAAACGGAAGCGUGAUAAGGAGAAAGCGAUAUCCAUGAGGAAAUCAAAACCUACAGAAACAGAUUCACAUAGUGAUAGUGAUGGGGCAGAUGGUGAAAUUGUGUCGGAUGAUGGGCGUUCUCAAUCCUCUUCUGAAAAACCCUCGAAGAAAAAGGAGGCCGCAACUGCUGUGUACGGGAAGCGUGUUGAGCAUCUGAAAUCAGUUAUCAAAUCUUGCGGAAUGAGUGUCCCUCCUUCCAUCUAUCGGAAAGUCAAGCAGGCUCCCGAGGAGAAACGUGAGGCAGCUCUAGUGAAAGAACUCGAGCAGAUACUUGCCAAAGAAGGGUUGUCUUCAAAUCCUUCAGAGAAAGAGAUCAAAGAAGUGAAAAAACGGAAGGAAAGAGCAAAGGAGCUCGAGGGUAUCGAUACUAGCAACAUUGUAUCGAGUUCAAGGAGGAGAUCCGCCACGAGUUUUGUGCCUCCACCAAAGCCCAAAAUAACAGAAGAAAGCGAAAGCGACGAUUCUGAAAACGGAGAAGAGGAUGAAGAGGAAGAAGAAGAAGAAGAAGAAGAGGAGGAGGGUAAUGAAGAUGCUGGCGAGGCAAGCCAAAGCGAAGAAGAAUCAAACGACGAGGAAGACGGGGAUGAAGAUAGCGAAUGAUUUUCGGGCCAUUGGCUCUCCGCUUGGAUUCCAGGCUUGCAAGUUAGAAAACAGUUUGGCGAUUUAGGAGGCAUGGGCUCUUUGUAACUUUUAGCUGUUAUCAUAUCAUAUGUUAUUAUGACCAUAAGAGCUUUUAAUUUCGAACCAUAAAACAAUGGCAUCUUCUAUUAGACAACACCCAGGCUGUAAAAACCUUGCUUCCAUCACCGUGUGAAAUUGCAGGCAUAGAGAAACAA